AAUUUCUCAUUUGAAAUUUAACAGCCGACGUGCGCGGAAGGCAGAACAAAAGCGCGGUAGAUCGUAUGGUGUGAGAAACCGCUAAAACAAAUAAACGACGACAGAGUAAAAGCACUCACACACACGCAUUAACCAAAUAAGAAGACGAAGUAGAAGAAGAAGAAGAAGCAGAAGCAAUAGACUGAAAAGCCCACAAGAAGUGCGUGAUUCCAGUGCACUUUCAUUGCACAUUCCAGUCUCGUUCGCGCAGUACGAUUCAAGUUGUCGUUGCGUGCGGUUCUUCAUCAGCGUCUCUGUCUCCCUCUCUCUCUUUCUCUUACUCUUCCUCUUCCUAUACUGCGGCUGUCUCUGUCUUGUUUUGCUUUCGCUAUCUGUCCUGUUGCGCGUGCGCCAAAAGUGAAAAGUGUAACAAAGAAGAAUAAUAAAUAACUUGUGUCCAUAAAGGAUCUGUGCAGCAAGUGUGAAUUAUUAUUGAAUUCGCAGCAUCGAUCAGCGUAAUCCGUAACCGUGGCGAAGGAAUUGGCCAACUUGUUAACAUUACAAGAAAACAAGGCCGAGAUGACACAACAACCGCAAUGGGGCAUAAGUUUAUCAAAGUACUUUGUGCUGCCACAACGUGUGAUAUUGGCCAUAAUGGGCUUUCUGGCCAUCCUGAAUGCCUAUACGAUGCGCGUCUGCCUCUCCCAGGCAAUUACUGUGCUCGUGAUUAAGAAGAACAACUCGGAUUCGAUCGAUGGGGGUCAUGCGAUUUGUGAAGCCGACGACUUGGAUAAUGGCGCCGCCUCCGAUGGCGGGAAAUACGAGUGGUCCGAGGAGUUGCAGGGCUUGAUUCUGUCCUCCUUCUACAUUGGCUACAUUGUCACCCAUGUGCCUGGUGGUCUGCUCGCCGAGAAGUUUGGCGGCAAAUGGACUCUCGGCCUGGGCAUUCUCUCGACGGCUGUCUUCACCAUGCUCACCCCGGUGGCCAUUGAACAUGGCGGCUCGGAUUGGCUGAUUGUGACGCGUGUGCUGAUGGGUCUGGGUGAGGGCACCACAUUCCCAGCGUUGAGUGUCCUGCUCGCUGCCUGGGUGCCAGCCAACGAACGUGGCAAACUAGGCGCCUUGGUGCUGGGCGGUGGUCAGGUUGGCACUAUUAUGGGCAACUUGUUAUCGGGCGUCUUCCUCGACACUUACGAGUGGCCAUUCGUCUUCUACUUCUUUGGCGGUCUGGGCGUUAUUUGGUUUGUCAUCUUCAUCUUCCUGUGCUUCAGCGACCCCAGCAGCCAUCCCUUCAUCAAGCCCUCGGAACGCGAGUAUCUGAACAAGGAGAUUGGAACAAUUGGCCGCAACGAGAGUCUGCCCCCAACACCCUGGAAGGCCAUCCUCACCAAUCUGCCCAUGUUUGCGCUGGUCUGCGCUCAGAUCGGCCACGAUUGGGGCUUCUAUAUCAUGGUUACGGAUCUGCCCAAGUAUAUGGCCGAUGUGCUGCAGUUCUCGAUCAAGGCCAACGGCCUGUACUCCUCGCUGCCCUAUGUGAUGAUGUGGAUCGUGUCGGUGGGCAGCGGCUUUGUGGCCGACUGGAUGAUUCGUCGUGGCAUCAUGAAUACGACCAACACGCGUAAGGUGAUGACCGGUCUGGCUGCCUUUGGUCCGGCCAUCUUCAUGGUGGGCGCCUCGUAUGCUGGCUGCGAUCGUGUCAUUGUCGUCGUGCUCUUCACAAUUUGCAUGGGCUUGAUGGGCGCCUACUAUGCGGGCAUGAAGCUCAGUCCGCUGGACAUGAGUCCCAACUAUGCUGGCACUCUGAUGGCCAUUACGAAUGGCAUUGGUGCCAUAACGGGCGUGGUUACGCCCUAUUUGGUGGGCGUGAUGACGCCGAACGCCUCGCUGCUCGAAUGGCGCACCGUCUUCUGGGUGGCCUUCGGCGUGCUCUGCGUUACGGCUGUCAUCUAUUGCAUUUGGGCGUCCGGCGAGGUGCAGCCCUUCAACGAUGCAAUCAUCGAGCCACGCAGCGUCGACUUCGAGGCCGAAGAACGCAAGCCGCAGCCCAAACUGAAGGCCAUGGAGCAGAGCUCCUAGAGCAAUCAGACCCAAAGUGCCAUAGCCAAUGUGCUCUAGUUCCAAUACCUGUGCGUCUGUCUGUGUACGUAGUACAUUGAUGUCCUUGUGCACCAGUUGAAUUUCGAGAAUUUUGUUGUUAUGGAACCCUUACAAGACAUUGUUAAUGUACAACGUACAUCUUGCGAUCAUCAAUUGCAAUUGCUAGUUUUAUAGUAUGCCAAAAUGUCGGCCCCCAGUGCGCUGUCUAACUAAGUAUAUAUAUAUAUAUAGUAAAUUAUAAGCUUUUAGCUGCAGUUAUAGUACCCCGCCCCGUCCCAUUUAUGUUUCUAACUUAUGCCUGUUAUACGUAAGAUGGCUUUGAUAUCUAUUCCAACAACCCUGCCACCUGCCACCUGCCACCUCCCCGCGCCCAGCUCCCACCAGCACCUGCAGCAAUUUACUCUCUUAAUUAUUAUUUAGUAUUUAAACGAAACAGCAAAAAAAAUCCAACUUUAGUUUAGCAGAAAAACAACAAAAAGAAACAAACAUAAGAUAACAUGUACCUAAUUGCAUUGCAAAAUGUAAAAAAAGAAGAGGAAAACAUUCAGUUUAACUAUUGUACGAACUUUUU